UCACUCGUGCAAGUGACGCCGUCAGCGGCGAGUGCACGAAACCCAAACACGCGCUUCAAACUUUUCCUUAACUACAACUUGUUCUGUCAACUCACAGUGCGUGGCCCUCUGGUUGUAGUCACAGUGGUGGCUGGCAAAACUUUGAUGUUUUGAUGCGAAACACGCCCGCGAGCGACAACACCCUCUCUCACGCUCGUACCUUUCAGCUGUCACGUGGCUCGGCAAAGUUUUCUCACGAGCCAUUCGGUGUGACUGCGCCAGUCCGCUCUCAGUUUUGGCCAACAGCAGCUGCGUGGUAUGUUUGCCAGCUGUACGACCAGCCAGCUGAUUGCCGCCUGAGGCUUUUAUGACAUCGGAUACAUUUCCUGUAUUAACUUAUAUCGCCAGUGAAAUCUCAAGUCUCGUGCAGGAGUGGUGUGACGGACAAAAUGUCUCUGGGAACCUUUGGUAUAACGGAAUUUGUUUUGCAGUUCUGGAGCCUCAAAAACUUCUUCACACACCAGGCGGUUAGAAACUGAAAAAAGUUGUCGUUGUUUCUCUUUUGGUGCUUUAUUCGUGGAGAAACUUUUUGUGGGUCAAGUCCCAACCGUGUGGUCAAUGUCUUGAAUUUCUUUCAUCUGACGAUUUAAGAUGACGGAGUGUGGCCUGGUCUGGAACAUCAGGUCUGACUGGAACUUCGGACACUAACGGACAUUUAGUGUACAAUCAGUUCUGUGUUAUGUAAGGUUUGACUGACUGGUUAAUGUAACCAGUUCCGGUGAUGCCACCUCCUCCAGGGGAGGCUUACAUGUCAGGACAUAGGUAUGUGUCUUGUUUUCUUGAUUACUAACCUCAUUUGCCGAUUCUCAGAAAAUUCAGAGAGAUUUACUGGAUGUUUAAGAAGAGUUUAACUCAAACAUGUGCAGUGAAUGAAAAUAGAAGAAUCAAUAUCUUCUAAUGUCAUUGAAGAAAAUGACACUGACUGAUCGGCCACGAAUUUGACUGGUUCAUUAUCCCAGAAUGCAGCUAUCGUUCACAGCAUCGAUCUGAGACAGGAACAAAUUUUUAAAAAAAACUAAUUAAAAUUGACAUUGAAGGACUGUAUGAUUAGUUUUAUCGGUCUUCAGGGCUGUGCACUCAGCCAUGAUGCGUUUCUUCAUUCCAUUUUCAAGUGAAACGCAAACAGCGGGUGGGAAGGCCAGUGGCUAUCGUUACGAUCGUCGAGGAAAAUCGAGUGAAUGAGAUCGAUUCCUCGCAGCAGCCAAGAAGUAACGUCACGUGUCUGUGUCACGUGACAACAGAGGUUCUAAGCGAGAUGAUGUAAAGAGAGACUCCGGUAUGAGUUUUAGGAGGACGUCAGGCAGAGACGUUUUAAACAGACACCACUGACAUCCGACAUUAAAAUCGGGGAGCAUUCAAUAAACGCUGCAGGACCGGAAGGACCGAGGGUUAGCAACCAUUUUUUUAAAGGUAGAUGUUUGUAGAUCUUGCUUAGCAGCAAGCAAUUUCUUACAAACAGCCAAGAAAUAUUUUCAGAGUAGAACAAGAGAUAAAUCCUUGUGGCAGCUUAGGCUGUCCCUGUACUUUACUGAAAUAGCCUCGUAGAAGUGCGUCACUGAAGUAACCGUAUAGGAAGUACGUCACCCUGUAUAUAUAUAUAACGAAAUGCUUUGUGAGCCGAAACAGUAGAGUUUGAUUUCCCGAGAAAAGACACACGGGAAAUGAAAGCAAAAGCGGGUUUCGAUUAGGUCUAGUGGGUGGACACGAGAACCUGCGCCAUCAGACUUGUUGCCGUUGGACUUCCCUGUGACUUGGCUGAUCGAAGCCUCCCUUUGCUUCAUGACACGUGAAUGACUUUGUACAUCGCGGGCAAUGAUCUUGAUAGCCUACAACGUCUCGGCUCACGCCGGCACCGGGAUGAGCCUACAGGAUGGCGAUGGACUGGACAGGCUCGUGGACUACGCCAGCCUCGCCUUUGCCAACGUCUCGGCGAAGGGCAGGAACCUCACGGACAUCACACCGCAUCUGUUCAAGGAGAUCAAACCUUUCAUCAUCUUCAUGUACACGGUGGUCUGUUUGAUGGCCGUGGUGGGCAACUCCUGCGUCAUCUACCUGGUGGCCUCUCACCGCCGCAUGCGCCAUGUCACCAACUUCUUCAUCGCCUCCUUGGCCGUGUCCGAUGCCCUGAUGGCCGUCGUGUGCAUCCCGAUGACCUUCUGGGCCAACGUGCUGUUGGACUACUGGCCCUUCCCGGCCAUCUUGUGCCCCCUCGUGACUUACUUCCAGGCAGUGAUUGUCUUUCAGAAUGCCUACACCAUGUUGGCCAUGAGUAUCGAACGCUACGUCGCCAUCAUGCACCCCUUCCUGCAACGGCUGACCACCAAACAGUGCUUCCUACUCAUCGGCGGGUGCUGGCUGCUGGCCUUCGGGACCCCAGUUCCCACGGCCAUCGUGUCCCGCCUGGUGCCUAGCAACCUGUCGACGGUGGAGGACAACGAGACUCGGAGUAACUGUUACGAGGUGUGGGAGUCUGAGCAGCAGCGCUUCACCUACUCCAUGACCAUCAUGGUGCUGCAGUACUUCGUGCCGCUGGCCGCGCUGAUAUACACCUACAGCCGCAUCGUCCACGUCGUCUGGCUCAAAGACGUCUCCCACCACGGGUCUGUGGGCGGCAGCUUCGUGGGGGACUACGGCGGCGGGGGAUCCUGCCGGCCGGUGUUGCCGCACCGAGAGAGUGCCCCAGGGAUGGAGCUUAGGAGUGGAGGCUUCGUGGACCCGCGGAAAAAAGUCAUCAAGAUGAUGAUCACAGUGGUGAGCAUCUACGCCAUCUGCUGGCUACCCUUGCACGUCAUCACCAUCGUGGGCGACACCUACCCGGCCAUGUGGGAGUUCAUCUACAGCCGCUACAUCUGGGUCUUCGCCAACUGGCUGGCCAUGUCGUCGUGCGUCUACAACCCCAUCAUCUACUGGUGGAUGAACCCCAAGUUCCGCGAGGGCUACGAGUUCCUUUUGAGGAACAUCAAGCUGUACUGCUGCAUGAACGGCAGGGAGAGGAUGAACCUGAUGCUGGACAGUCGGGGCACCUACAACAGCAUGUACUCGCAGGCGGGCUACGAUUUCCCUACAAGGAUCCACAGGAGUGAGAGGAAUGGAGGCGGAGGAGGCGUGGGUCACGGAGGACGGCGCGAGGACGGUGUUGGCGGAAAUGACGUCGGAAACGGAGAAAGUUCGGCGAGACUCGGGAAAGCUCCAGGUCACCGGCAAAAUGGCGUCACCUUUAAAUUUGAGGGCGGAAACGGGGAAACGUUUCCGCUGAAGAAUUUGACCGGCGAUGUCGAGAACGGUAGAUGCUCUGACGACGAGCACUCCGACGGUGGCGAAGUCGCUGUUCUCUAAAGUGGAGACGAGGUCAUGUGACUUUCUUGCACACGUCGUUUAAAGCCGACUGCAUCAUUGCGCAUGUCUGCUCAGACCCAAGUUUACGUUUGCGCAUGUCUGCUAACAUCACAUGGAUGGUGAUUUGUUUCUCGAGUUUAAGGUGUUCGAUUUGAGACUGAUGUUUCAUCUUUUCCGUUUGGAGAGUUUUUUAAAUGCAGAAAAAAAACUCAAAAAACCAACAAAACUCAACGCAGUUAAAAAAACAUUGCUGGGAAGAAACCAACAGUCCAUGUUAAUUAAAUGGCUGCGUUAAGGACGGAUUUUUUUCAUAUUUCUUGGCAGGAAUUUAAGAAUGUUCACAGUAACACUACUUGAUAUAAUUUUUUUUCGGAAGUGAGCAAUACUUGAGAUUCUUCUCUAUAAUUAUGCUCUUUCCUUCCUUCGUUCUUUUUUUUUUUAGACUUUCUUGUUGAUUAUUAGUCACUGUCCGCACUGUGUUCUUUCUGAUUCCCAUGUUAACAAUGUUUUCGCUGGCAUGUGUGGUGUCAUAGAUACAUGAGUGGCAAAACAUUUACCUACUGAUAUAUAUAAGUUAAGUGCUUCUUUUAUAUACUAGUGUAAUGGUUUGAUAUGAGCUUAUAUAUAAUACAUAUUUGCACAGUGUUGUCUGUCCUGUAUUUCGUCCAAGACAUGCUCGAUAUAUGUUUCCUAAACAAGCAAUUUUUUUUAAUGUUGUGAUGCAUAGUAUUGUGUUAUCUAUUGAAAUGUUUCGUGGAAGUGCUGAAAGUUAAAGAAAUGGGAAGAAAACUGUGCAAGCGCAAAUGAAGGGUCGGCUACAAAUAAGCAACGAAAAGAGGGCCUCGUCCCUGUUCUACGGUUUUUUUUAAAAAGUGGCAUCCUUGCUUACAGUGGAUCGUGGACGGAGCUGAACAGUGAAAUGUGAAUGAAUACAGUGGAAAGGAGAACACGAACAUGCCUGCCAACAUCAUUCUUUGGAUUGGAUGUCUUCACAGUGUGGAUGGACUCACGGAGUCUCGUUCUAUGCGUGUGAUUUCACAGUGCUUGAAUCCACCGACACAUCCACAUGCUCACCUGUACAGCGUGUGUCUACCUGUGUUCUAGGUUGGACAGGAACCGCUUAGGGCAACUGUAAAUUCUCAGUGCCAUCCCAUUCAGCUUCUUUCUACUGUCAAUCAUGCUGAACGACUUCAAACUGGAUAGGUCAAGAUCCUGCUUUUCUUCUUCUCGUUAAGCGGCUAUGCGAAUGGGGCAAUAAACCGCAUCCUUCAGUUCUUGCCAAAAAAGACAGAAAAAAAAAAACAAAAUAAAACAAAUAAGUAGGAACGUACUCUGACGUCAGUGCUCUGGCCAUGUUUUUGUUUACCAUGCAGGUGAUACAGAUAUAUCAAGGAGAUUGAAUGGACUUCGUGAUAUGGGCGCAUCGUGCUUUAAUAUUAACUACUCACUGCCGAGAUGUGACUUAGGUGUGUAUUUGCCAGUUGUAACCCAAGGCUUAUUUUUGUGUGGGAUGACGUCUGCACUGGGCUUGUGACAAUUAAACAUCGCGUUGCAUGCA